AUGUUGCUCCUACAAUUGUGUUCUAUAGCCUUGCUAGUGUGUCUUGGCCAUGCUGCCUCGAAUUUUCCCGCUGAGUUACCCCGUUGUCAUUACGGCGAUACAAACUGCAUCAUUAAUGUAUCGCAUACAUUAGUCCGACAAUAUGCUCGGACAGGAUAUCCUCCGGCUGCUUUUCCUCAAGUGGAACCAUUUUUAGUGAAACGUUUCGAUAUAUCCGAUGGACGCAGUGGUUCGUUGAGUCUUAAACUCAAUUUCAAAGAUGUCAAUGUGGAAGGAUUGUCUGGUGUGAAAUUCGACAGGGCUGUUGGUUUUGGUGUCAAUCCAGCCAGCAGUAAAUUCGAAAUGUAUGGCUCGUUCCCAAAAAUCAUCUUACGCGGUAAAUACAAUGCCGAUGGACGUAUUUUGAUUCUACCCAUUCGCGGUGACGGAGAUGCCGAUAUCACUCUCUUCAAUCCCAAAUUCUCAGUCAAGUUCAAGCCGGGCACCCAAGACCGUAAUGGUCGCACUUUCCUAUCCGUAGACAAACUCAAAGUGUUGGUCGAACCCCAAAGAAUGAAUAUCAAAUUGGAAAAUCUCUUCAAUGGAGAUCAGGCUCUGGGCACAAAUUUAAAUCAAUUCUUGAAUGAAAAUUGGGCCGAUGUUUGGAGUGAGCUGCAGCCAUCGGUGCAUGUGGCCAUAGCUGAGAUUAUGAAGAGCAUUCUCUCUACUCUAUUCAAGCGUUUUGCCUACGAGGAUCUCUUCCUGGAGAACUAAAUGCAAAUGCAAUUAUCUACACCUAGUUUUUAGCCUUUAAGUGUACGAGUAUUUCUUUUCGCCUCAUUCUUCGAACCCAUGGACUGCUUGCUUCUAAGUUAAGUUAAAUAAUAAAAUAAAAAUCGAAAAAAAAACAAA